AUGUCGGGCUCAAAGCUUUUAGCUCCAUUCAAAGUUCUAGUUUUACCAUUGGGUCGCAACAACAUAUUCUUUCACUGUCAUGUCGCAGACCACUCACCUCUGCAUAGUUCGAUGGACAAGCCCAACAAGUUUAUAACAGCUGCCCACAAAACUACUGCGAAACUGCAUAAGAUGUGGCAUAGUUGGGGGGAAGCACCCGAAAAAUCAAUUAAGAAAAGGACAUUUGAUCUGGGCACAAACUUGCUCGACAGGAUACCCGUCGAAGAGAGUUUUUGCAUGUCUAUUCCCUCUCUCAAAGGGCAUCAUGCAUCCUCACUAGGCGAGGUGGAAGUCGCUUUCGUCGGCAGCUUGCAGCAAACAGAAGUGGAACAGAAACUGCAUGCUCUUGUCAAGAGUAGAGAUGCGUUUCAUAGACGCUGGUUUGCUCUGUCGUGUCUAUGUCUUCCAUUUUCUUUGAGUCUGUCGAUAGUUCCUGGUCCCAACUUACCAAUGGCAUAUAAUUUAUAUAGAGUGUAUUGUCACUAUACGGCUAAAAAUGGUGUUGCCACGUUAGGUGAAUUCCUAAACAUCAACAGCAUCAGUUACAAGCCUGUUGAUGCUAGUAUCACGUAUGAUGCUGACACGGGACUGAUAAGCCACGAAACAAUACUGCAAUUGUCCCGGUUGUCUGAAGACGCUGAUGGGGUAGAGACUGCGCUAAUACGAACAAAACAUCAGAUAAUCAAGACACUACCACAAACUAAUGCAAGUGUAUAA